AUGGUGAUGACUGAUGAUAUAUCGACUUCAGCAGCAGUUGAAUCAAGUUUUAAGAAGCUUAAAACGGUAACAUUUAAACAUAUUUCAAUUCCAACUGAUCUUGAAAAUUUUUUGGAAAAUCACAUUAAAUCGCUAAAAGGAGCUGCUUUAUUACGGUCGUCUUGCAACAAUAUAGCUAUUUCUUCCGAUCUAGGACAAAUCGCCGUCGCCGUUUCGCCGUUGCCAUUUCGCCGCGGCCACUUCGCCGUAAAAUCAUUUCGCCGUCGCUGUUUCGACGUGAGGCCACUUCGGCGUUAA